UCGCGAGUGGUUAUGUCAGUGAGACGUCUGAUGGGCAAAUCGGUGGUUUGUGUUGUUCAUUUAUCAUCGCCCAAGAUCAAUUGAUAUUGGUUGUUUCUGUGUUUAAUGUCGUGCAAAAUGUGCAAUCAAGUUAAUCGUCAAUCAAUCACAAGUUGUGCUGAGUAGGUGUCCAGUACGGAAGUGGCUAAAAAUUGUGCUAAAAUCAACUCAAGUCGAAGCUGCAAGGGAAUCUCGCAGCGUCUAUCGACUGAAGUGGAAGAUAUUUGGAGACACCGGCCAUGAUUCAAGGGUACGGGCCAGUGACACAAGCUCUCCUGGGCACUUUGCUGACAUGGGGACUUACAGCUGCUGGUGCGGCAAUGGUCAUCUUCCUGCGGGGCAAUCAGAGAAAGUCACUCGAUGUGAGUCUGGGCUUUGCAGCUGGUGUUAUGAUUGCUGCCUCCUUCUGGUCCCUUCUGGCACCGGCCAUUGAGCUGGCCGAGGCGUCUGGGACGUAUGGGGCCAAUGGUCAAUUUGCCUUCGUUCCCGUUGCCGCUGGAUUCUUUCUUGGAUCCAUUUUUGUCUACGGCACUGAUAAAAUCAUAUCGUAUUUGGGCAUCAAUAGCACGUCAAUGAUGAUAGCAUUAACACACUCGAGCAAAGACAAAGCUGAAAUUGCUCUAGACGACACACAGAACAAUCAAGAGUUCGCCAGAGGACAAUAUGGGAAGAAUAUCAAUGAACACUCAACAGCCAUUGGGAUGGACAGUUUCUCGGAUUGCAUCAGUGUCCAGCACAGUUCAUCUUCGCGUCGGCGGCGAAAAGUGAGCGUAGAGAAGGAUCCUCAUACAGUAUACUCAGUUUCAGGAUGCGAGCGAGAUCCGCACAGUGCCAUCUCGCAGUGGAAGCGUAUCAUGCUGCUGGUUGUGGCUAUAACCGUGCAUAAUAUCCCCGAGGGCUUGGCUGUGGGUGUGAGCUUUGGGGCAAUUGGGACCACAGAAUCUGCCACAUUUGAGGCAGCACGCAAUCUCGCCAUUGGCAUUGGCAUUCAGAAUUUCCCUGAGGGAUUGGCCGUGAGCCUUCCGCUGCACGCCACGGGUUUCAGCAUGUGGAAGAGUUUCUGGUAUGGGCAGCUAUCGGGGAUGGUUGAGCCGAUAUUUGGAAUUCUAGGGGCCGUAGCUGUGACUAUUGCAUCGGCGGUCCUGCCCUAUGCUCUGUCUUUUGCUGCCGGAGCCAUGAUCUACAUUGUGGCCGAUGAUAUUCUACCAGAAGCACAUGCAAGUGGAAAUGGACUUCUUGCAACGUGGGGCACAAUUUUUGGCUUUCUAGUGAUGAUGUGUCUCGAUGUUGGAUUGGGAUGAAGCUGGACGACUACAGAAGUAAGUGAAAAAUUGUGGAAAAUUGAAAAUUUCACUGCUUGUGAUUUGUUUUUUUUUAGAGACAUUUUUCCUCAUAUUUUAUUUUCUUAAAAGAAAAGUAGCAAAAAAACUUUUUAACAUUGUUCUCUGUUUUGGUUUUAGUGUCAGUGGCACAAAUUCAGUGUUUAAUUUUAGUUUUGUAAAAGUGCUAACUCAGUGGAAGUGAAACUUGUACUAGAGAAGUUUCUUUUUUUAGCAAAAUCCACCGUUUUAAUUUUUUUUUCUGAUUAAUUUCUCAAUAGAGAGAAAUCUUAAAUGUGAAUAAGUUGUACUUGAAAAGUUGCAUUAUAAUAAGUGGAAAAAAAAUCAUUUGAAUGACUUUGCCAAAUCAAAAAAAAAGAAAUUAAAUUGCAGAAAAAGGAUUUAUUUUUAGGUGAAAACAAAAAAAAUCAGAGUACAUUAAAAGAAAGUAUAGUAUUAUAUUGCAAGAAGAUGAUUAUAGAUAAUUUUGUAAAAGAGUUAAUGAGAGAAAGCAUCAAUUUCUCAAUAGUUUUUAUUGUUAAGAACAAUAAAAGCACUAUUUUAGAAGGUU